UGCAGCUGCAUCUUUCACCGCCGGCCACGGGGUUUCGUGCUCGAGCGGCGCGUGAGAGGCGAGACUCGGUAUCCGCGAGCGGUGCGCGCGAUUGUGAUACGUACGAACGGAAAGAACAGACGCAGAAAGACAGACGCCCGUUCUUCAUUUAAACAAACGCUCGUCGCCGGCGAACACCAUCGCGCAUCGUCCUUUUCCUCCUCCGCGCGCGUUCAAUUAUAUUUGAUAUGUGCGUGUGUGCCAGAUCUAUCUAGAUUACAUAUGUGUGCGCGAUAUCGCUCGCCUUCAGUGGCCGGCGCGAUCUGCCUUCGAACGAGUGCGAGAAGCUAAUGAGUGUUGUCUGAGAAAACAGAUAUAGCGAUCUGUCGAGAAAAAGGAAUAAUAGCGCGACGCUGAUGUAACCGUGUGUCUUAAACAAGCAAACGGAUCGGACUCUCGUUGCGUAACGCCGGUUUUUUAUCGACGAAAAGGAGGAGAAAAAAAAAAAAAACCGGAUGCAGAUCGCGCGAGCGCGCGCCAAAUGACGGAUGCCCCGGCCGCGGGAAUGGCGUUCUUUGCGGAAUUAACGUAGAUGGAUUUUAAUUAUACGCGCGCGCGAUUCCGAGAAAAUGACCAGCGUUGAAACGGCAACGGUCGGCGACGGCGGUAGCGGAUGUAGCCGCAGGUGUAGAAUAUCGCCGAUCGGAUAUUGGCUUCGUUGAGGCUGAAGGAGGCGUAGCUACAGUGUUAAUACGCGCGCACCGACAGGAAAACCGCAUUAAUACGCAGAGCCACUUGCGUUCGCCGCGCGCCGUAUUGCGACAUAGGAAAGAGACACUCUGGGAAAAAUUUUUUGAUCGUUUUUCUCAUAAUUAAACAACCUAAUAUUUUGGUUAAUGCCACUUAAUUAAAAAUUAUCCUCGCGUAACUGGAUACCGACGGAAUUAGUUGAGGGAUUUGAAUAGUAUAACUUAAAAAAUCUUUAAAACAAAUAGAAUACUUAAUUGCAAUUUUUAGUUACACAGGAUUAAUUUGAAAAAAUAAACCUAGAGUUACGAGCAAUCUAAAUAAUUUGAUUACUUAAUCGUGGGUCCUAAAGUGAGUUAUAACCGUACCCUUUUCUUUCCCAGAGCAAGCUUUUACAUGGGAGAUGUGGUUUAAAAUACUUACAAAUAAUUCGCCAGAGUCCACGUAACGGAUUAAUUUCUUUACUUUUCAAGGUUGAUACGAUUGAUAAGAGCAGCGUUGAGAGAUACAUGUUUUAUCGUAUGGUAAUUUAUUGAUGUUACUCUAUCGCAUUGGAUGAUAAGAUCAUCUUCGGAAACUGCGCAGUUCACAUCACCUUCGCUAAUAAAACAGUAUUGUGUGAGACCGUUGCAGAUAUUAGCAUACGAGAAAGGCAACUUUUUUUCCUUUCCUACAUCGUAUUUAUUCGCAUGAUUCAUCGUAGGUUGUAGGAAGCGUGAAUCACAUCAUGUUUUGAACUUCGUUCUACUGAUGACAAUUAGACGUAAUCAGUUUUGCCUCACGUUUAUGAGACUCAAGGAUCUUGUUGCUGUAACUGCGUGACAUUUAAGAAAUCUUCAUCCAAGGACAAUUUAUUCGUGGUCAAUAUUGGUCGUAGAAAUAGAAAAAUAUCAGUUAUUAGUCAGCACCAUGAAAGGAAAGCCUUUCGACAAAUCAUUGUUUGCUAUAUCAUGUGCACAUGCAUCGGUCGCUCGCGGACACGCACAACACGACACGCACAUGCACGCACACAUAUCAGCGCAGGGCAACCAGAGGAGCAGCGUCGAGUCGAGGACCCCGACGAAGGACCACGAUCCUUUAACCGGAAGUGACUCGAAGAAUCAACUAACCCUCGACAGGCAAAAGUCCGAUGUCAAGGAGCAGAAAGAUCUAGAGACUUACAAAGAUUGUACCGACGAAAUGCCCGAACUCAAGAACGAUCCGCAGGAGUAUGACGAGGAUGAGCUGGAAGUCACUUUGGAUCUGUGCGAACCACCGCCGGAAGUCAAGGAGUACGCCAGAAGAGAAUUAGGCGAGACCGAGGAGGUCAAAUGUCAGACGCUGCAAGAGUUUCGCGACAUGAUUUACGAGGCAGGCGAGUGUUUGCCUCACAGGAUGGACGACGAAUUUCUCAUCAGAUUUCUUCGUGCCAGGAACUUUAAUAUAAAGAGCGCACAUAAGCUGAUUGUGAAUUACUACAACUUCAAAGAGGAACAUCCGGAGAUCCAUCAGCAGUUGGACUCGAACCAGAUGAGGCACAUAGGCGACGACGACGUGAUCACGGUGCUGCCGUAUAGGACCCAGUGCGGCAGACGCGUAAUAAUCUACCGUAUUGGCAAUUGGGAUCCGCGUAAGUAUCCUGCCGAGGAACUCUUCAAGGCCACCGUCGGAAUCCUCGAGCUCGGCAUUCUUGAACCUAGACAACAAAUCUUGGGUGGUAUCGCCAUUUUCGACUUGAAAAACAUCUCUAUGACACACGCGUGGUCCGUGACGCCUCAGGUGGCGAGUAUGAUGCUGUCUCUGAUGGUGACUGCGUUCCCCAUUAGGAUACACGCGCUACACAUUCUCCACCAGUCGUGGGUCUUUGACGCGAUCUUUGCGGUUUUCAAGCCGCUCCUCGAUGCAAACAUGCGAAACAGGCUGUUCUUUCACGGCAACAAAUACGAGAGUUUGCACAAACACAUCUUGCCCGAGUGCCUACCGAAGAAGUACGGGGGCACGAGGAACGAGCUGCCCUACUACAAAUGGAUCGAAUUCUUAAUCAAAGAUCCGAAAAUCGUCGAGCAAAUGAAUAAAAUGGGAUAUGUCGUCACGGAGGACAUUCGCAAUUCAUUUGCUCAAAAAUAAGCGAAGAGUUUACCCGAGGGGUUACGGGAAAACUGCAUGAUAUUUUUUUGUAUAUGUACGCUACUCAGCAAUUAGCUCGCACGUUAAUGAUAACGCCAUUUAGGUUUUUUUUAUUGUACUUUUGUAUCUUUUUUUUAGUUUUAUACACGGUAAUUAGUUUACAUAAAUCUUAAAUUGAUUUUAGACGUGUGAAAAUAUUUUUUACUAUUUACACCCAAAAUAUAUUGUACUUGUGAUUGUGUA